GAGAUCUUUGCUCUUCGCAGGAUCUCUGUUGCAGACAACCUCCCUCAAUGCAUCCUUCGAUUCCCAAUGUUGAUGUCUUCGAUCUCCUUCCUCUGAUCCAGAUCCUAAAUCUUCUUCUUCUCCGUAAAUUUCCUCUUCAAUUGGGUAUAGUUUUCAUCCUAUGGGUUCAUUCUCGAGCCCUAGAAAUCGCACUUCAAUUUGCUCUCUCCCCGUUUCCGCCUUCAUUUUCUGGUCUCUCGCCGUCGUCUCUGCUCAGGUAUUCAGCUUAUUUCAUUGGUUUAUUUCCUUUUUGCCAGUAGUUCCAUAUGGGAAUGGAAAAGGACAGCAUUCGAGCCAUCUGUGAAGCUUUUUUUCUUUUUUUGGGGGAUAUUUUCUGUAUGAUGGAGGAUGUUUGUGUCUGAACAAUAAUUCUACUCAUGGGUUCGCAUUUUUAACAAUUUCUGUCAUGUUCUUCGUUAAUUUCUAGUUCAGAUUGAGAGUGAUGUUUGUUUGCUAUUGUUAGGAUUCUCUGCUAGAAAAUGGGAAGGAGGAAUCAAGUCAGUCGAUUGAUCUCGGCCGCCGUGGUGGAAUGCUUCUUGCAAACGAUCUUCAGAAUGAUGUUGAUUCUGCAGGUCUCGAUCUUGGGUUUGCGGCUGCUGGUCUUGGCAUUUUUGAUGCAUUCUUUGCAAGUUUGUCAAUGAUAAUUGUCACAGAGGUGGAAGAGAAACCAGAGAGUGGUCAAGGGAAAACAAGCUUCAGACGCUUCUUUUCUAGAUUUUGUACACUAAUUUUUUUGGAGUUAUAUUUCCAGCACUGCCACUCAUUUAGAAUCAUUUCUCUAGUUACUUUUUCAAAUAAAAUAGUUAAAUAAUGUUUGUUCUUAGCUAAGAAUUGAACCUUGAAUAAAAUGAAUGUAUGAUUUUCAAUGGUAAAUUGGUAAUUUAUUGAUUGGACCCUUGAAUCCGUGUUUAAUUUUAAGUGUUUUUGUUUUCAUCAUGCAGUCAUUUAUUUUAAUGUUUCUGGCAGAGUGGGGUGACCGUAGCCAGAUUGCAACAAUUGCUCUGGCAACACAUAAAAAUGCAGUCGGAGUGAUAGGACAUACCAUCUGUACUUCGUUAGCCGUGGUAGGUGGAAGCAUGUUAGCCUCCAAGAUCUCACAACAAACUGUUGCUACAAUUGGCGGCUUGCUCUUCCUUGGCUUUUCUCUGUCAUCAUAUUUUUACCCCCCCUCUAUGAUUAUGAUAUUAUCGAUAACCUGAUUCUUUACAGAGCAUCACAAUGCCGUUCACUUCAAUUUUCCCACUAUUUUUUUAUGAGAAUUUCUUUUGUUUUU